AUGAAUCAAUUCUAGGAUGUAUUCAAUGAGUUCUCAUAAUUACACAAUCAGAAAUACAAUACAAGGGAAAUAUUAUCAUUUUUGGAUUCCAAAUGUGCUAAUGGCUAUUUCGAUAGAGAUGUGUAUUAAUAAUUGAUUGAAUAAAUCCCACAAGCAUCAUUGCAAUAAUAAUGCACAAUUAAUUAGUUAAUUAAUGUAUUUAAGAAGGCGCAGGAUGUGUUGAAUGAUAAAAUAAACAAAUGCUAACAAAUUAUAGAUUAGAAAAAUAUUGAAAUUAGAGCCUAUAAUGAUAAACUUAGGCAACAGUAAACACAUAGUGUCAAUUCAUAGAGUAAAUUGAAUGUGGAAGUUCUUGAUGCUGAAAUUUUGUAUUAAGGAAAUGGAUAAUUAUAAAUCAGUUUAGAAUGCAUGUCAUCUAUUGUUUAUACAUCAAAAAGACUAAAUCCAGUUUGGAAUGAAGCCUUCGACUUUAAUGCCAAUGAGUAAGCAGUGAUCAAAUUCAUUUUGUUGGAUACAGAACUGCAGUAGAAAAGGGGGAUCGGAGGCGUUGCAUAUAUUGAUAUUAACACCUUUGGAGAUUAGAUGCUUCAUGACUUCACAGUGAAUUUGACUGAUGAAAGUAAUUCUAUUGUGAGAGCCAAAUUGCAUCUUAAAAUAUAAUGGAUCUAUUCAAAAAAUAAAUACUUAUCAGACUUAAUUGAUGAGAAUACGACAUAGAUUAACUAAUUGGAGUAGGAAAUCAACGAUCACAUAGUUGAUUUGGAUAUUAUUAAUUCCCCAUUUAAACAAGCAAUCAAAUUCUAAAAUAAUCUGACUAUAUCGACAUACCAAACACAGCCAAUUUAGUAAUAAUAAUAAGGAAGUCCCUUGUUGAUAAGUGAAAGUCAAAUAGAUAGACUGGUUUAGAUUUCACUCUUAUUAAUUAUCCUUUAUUUGGUGUUUGGAUUGCUGAAUAGUUUAUAUCGAACACUCAACUUUGAUUUUUUAGUUAUAUUCUAUUGCUUUUUGUUUUAUCAGAAAAACUAUAAACUUCAAUCGUUGCUUCACAUUAAAAUCAUAAUGGUCAUGUUGGGUGUUGCCUUGUUGAUGGACAUAAUUUGGCUUGCAAUUUAUAGUACUCCAUAUUUGGGAGAGUUUAAUGCACCUUUUGAUCAUUUAGAAUACGGUUUGCAAAAAUAUCAAAUAAUACUCAGUUGGUUGUUGCUCUUUGGGAAAAUCGUUGUUUUGAUGUUCUAUGUUCACAUCUAUGCCAUCUACCCUGAUAAAUCCACAUAGGUCUAUGAUUAAUAAUGGAAUGCCAUUUUUGGAUGGAAAGAUAUUAAGCAAAUCAAUAUCUAAAGAAAUUAUAAUUGAUUAAUAUAAUAAUUUUCUAUUCUAUUUUAUGCCC